UGUUUAGUACCUAAUGAAUGCUACUCUCUCGACGAUACAGAAGCUCUGUAAUUUUGUUUAUUAUGACUUACAAUAAAUAAGUUAUUGAAACAUGAUGGCAGCGGUGAAAAGUUACAUAUUUCCGUAGAGCAGUUAUUGUUCUUCUCACUGAAGUCUAUUAUUGUGCAUCUGCGAACUGUGAUUUGACCUAGAUUUCGCCAGCUUUCUGAGAGUAAUUACGCAGUAUACAAAUACAGUUUAAAAUAGUGGUGGACCAAAUGAAAGCUCAUCAGGCUUGUUUGGAUGGCCCAAUAUAACAUUCAUAAGUGCACAUAGUACGUAAUACAUAAUACAUAAAACAUAAUACAUACAUAAUCAUAAAAAUACAUCCAUAUAGCAUAAGACAGGACAGGAAAGAAACAGAGGGAGAGGCUAUGAUUAUUUGUCAAGAGAAAGGGGUUGCUCAGUGUAAAAUUUAGUGAUGUCUUCGAGAGGGCUAGGAAUAUGUCUUUUGAACGUUUCAGAAGCAAGAAACCGCCUCAUCAUUGAGAAUAUUGCUUUAGCAGCUACAAGAUCUACUAGUUCAUCUAGAAUCCUGUCAUCAGUUCUGAAUAUCUUCCAAGACAUUGAUUACAAUCGAUCAGUGUUGACCAUAGCAGCCCCAAUCAACAACCUGAAGACCGCUGUGUGUGGGGCAUGUGCAGAAGCUUACAGGCAGAUAGACUUGUCAAAACAAAAAGGAGUUCACCCAAGACUUGGUGCUGUGGAUCUUAUUCCUAUUUAUCCGUUGAUGUCAUCUGUCUCACUCAAAGAAUGUGGAGAGGUUGCAUAUUCUAUUGCAGAGGACCUAAGUACUGAAAUACCAGGCUCCUCCUUCUUCCUUUUUGGCUCAGCUGAUUGGCCAGAGCAGAGAGGUCUGGUGCCACGAAGGAAGGCUAUUGGUUGGUUCAAAGGAAAACAUGGCAUUGAUUGGUCAAAGUUCAGCCAUGAUCUUGGAGCUCCACCUUCUAGCAGAUAUGGACUUACAGGUUGUGGGGCAUCACACUAUGUUACCAACUGCAAUGUCACAAUAGAUACCCAAGACCUUGAGCUUGGGAGGGAAAUAGCACAUGCCAUCCGAGGCACUACUCCUGGGGGAUUGCCAGGUAUUCAGGCUAUGGCCUUUCCCCAUGAGGGAACAAUUGAAAUCGCAUGCAAUGUUGACAGUCUUCCAAGAGAGAAACAGAGUACCGGGGAAAGCGAUGGCGUCGACACAGAUCAAAAUUGCCCCAUCACAUUGGACUACACAUCACCAGAAACCAUCGAGCAGCGAGUGAAGGCUUUGGCAGGAGAGAAAGGGAUCGGAAUGGUUGGAACGGCCUUGAUCGGAUUCAUGCCGGAAGAAGCUUGUCGGCUUGCCAUGGAUGCCCUCCAGUCGGGGAACGAUCAACUCUGGAAGUCUCGGGGUGUCCGACUCAUGUGAGUUUUUGCACUUGUCUUCAACUCUUGCAGUUCUAGCCAACUUGAUGUGUGCAAUGAUUUUGCAAUUAAUAUGCAGCUGAAUUUGUGGAUAUCAUUCAAUUCAUUCCAAUUGUAAGUUUGGUUUUCUUCAUCUAGCCAGGACAAUCAUCAAUUUUUUUGGAACCGAUUCCUUGAUGCGGAUAAGGCCGUCUCCUGCUUCUUUGCGAGCAUAAACUGAAAGGUCUGACUUCAAAGGUGAUUUCAAUUGUACCAUGUUACACAACCCUGGACAUGCAUAUUGCUUACAUGUAUGUUAGUAGAAAAAUCAAAUUAUGAAUACAUGCAAAAGGUGCUGAAUUCAUGCUUGAAUAAAACAUGAUAAUACAAGAAAUUCACAUUUUUGUGUUUUUUUACUAUGGCACAAUUGAAACCAUCUUUCUGAAUUUGGACCCAUGGCUCAGCAUGCCAUUUAUUAAUAAUAAUAAUAGUACCAACAUGCUUAUAUAGCGCAUAUCACUGCCAAAUGCGUCCCUUUGCGCUU